AUGGUUAGCGUUUUCUUCGCGAACAUACUAGUUUCACCUCCGAAUUCUUCCAGGGCUGCAUGAAUUGCAGCGAGCUCGGCGCGUGUAAUAGUGUUAGUGCAGCCAAAUCCAUUUGGGUUUACGUAGACCACACGGUCUUUAUGCCAAGCACAAGCCCCAGCCACUUGUAGUUCUCUACCGUUUUCAGUUGUUAUCUUGGAUACCGAGCCAUCGGUCCAUACAAUUUCCUCGGGGUUGUGGGCCAGCGGCAGUGUACGUUGGAAUUGUGUCCGAUUCAACCUCGGUGUCGCUGGAGCUUCGUCAGGCGUGACCAUAGUGGCAAUGUUCUGGGGCACGUCAGUGCCGAGUCCAGGCUCCAUCCCAGCUGUGCCUGGGGAGUCCAGUUCUCCGUUCGUCCAGGUGGCGAGUCGGCGGCAGAGCGGGUGGGUUAGCCACUGUGUGUGUGGGCUGCGCACAACGGCUCGGACGGUUGCCGAGGGGAGGGACGUCUGGUGCUGUGGUGCCGUCUUAUGAUCAGUUUGCCCCGGGUCGCGCCGGUAUCUGUGCAGCAGGGCAGCCACCGCCUCCUCGAAGGCCUUGGUCCGGUUGUUGCUGGUCCGGUUGAAGCUUUCCCAGAGCGUUUGAAGGCGUGCGUAGGAGACGAGUCGACCUCGAUGAAAAGAGGGCCGCACGUGGGGCAUGUGUUGUCUCGAGUGGCCCGGGCGCAGGUGCGGUGGGCGGCGCGUGUGCGGGUAGGAUGCCGGCGGGUUGGGCCGCUGUUGCUGUGUCUGCGUCUGUCGUGCCGGCCCCGUCCGGGUGGGGCUGCGUCGCGCGUGGGCGAGCCUGCAGUGGGUGCUUGAAGCAGCGCACGUCUGUGACCGUGGCGUAGCCCAUGCGUGAGAAGGCGGUGACUAGGCCAGGUGGGAUAACAGAUGGCUUCCAUUGGACCGCGAAGUAUGGCUCGCGGGUGUUGGUUGUGUCCUCGCCCGCUUUGCGUUUGCGUGCAAUUUCCUUAUCUGUGACAGUUUGUUGGUUUGUGCGGUACAGGAUGGCCGCCAGCUCCUGGCCAUCAUUAUCCAGGUCGUAGGUAAGCUGCGCAUCUCCGUUGGUGCAGUCAUCAGUAGGAGGGUGGACCAGGUCCUUGACUACACGUUCCCGGGCUAGUUUCCAGAGUGUUUGCUUGCCCCGCCAGUGAGACAGCCUGAGUGGUGCUGCGGCGUCGACAUCCAUUGGGUCCUCAGCGGCGGCCGCGGCUGGCUGCCCUUGGUGGAGAAGGUAGGUUUGCACGGCGCCAGUAGACGGCGUGGUCGCAUUCGCAGUGAGCAGAGUGGUUAUUGUGGGGGCCAGGGGCCGUUGCGUGCGGGUAACCGGGGUUCGGUUGUUGAAUGAAGGGGGGUCCCUUGGGUGGGGCUUGCAGAGGUGGUUGUGCCUGCUCAUGUCUUUUGCCAGGGCCGUGAACACUGAACGUGCCGUUUCGUACCCACGUGUGCCAACGGCCAGGCUUUCGUCUCCAUUUGUGAGGCGCAUAGCCGUGCUGAUUGCGGCUUUAUCACCGGAGUUUCUCGAGCUCCCGGGUGCUAAUCAGAUGGCGGCUCGUAUUGCGGUCGACCAAGUGGCUGAAUUCGAGCUGGAGUUCCGCGAGCGGGAGCACGUGUUCGACAGAGAGGGGUGCUGCCGCACGCGCUGCAGCUGCGGCGUCCAAAGCCUCGACAAUUGACCAGGUAGGUGGUGUGCGAGGCUCGUACCCGCCAGGCUAUGCUGCCGUGGCAGGAGGGCACGGGUAACCACGCCCAGUCGGCCUGUGUCGUUUAGAGCAAGGACAAGCGCGCGGUUGGCCACACGCGCGUACUGGGGUAAGAGUGAGCCCAGUCCUAGGCCAUAUUCAUCGAUUGGGAGAAGGGUGGUACGGGUAGGGAAGCUGCGUGGCAGCCCGUAGCACCGUUUUGCGUAACCGGCCAGUGCAGCGUCAAAGUUUGCGAUGUCCUGUUUCGUGUAUGGCAUCGCAGCAAAUGCAUAGGCGAUUGAGGUGUGGACGCAUUGCUGCAGCAUGCGUAGGCGUUGUGCCGGCGUGGCCAGUGACGUGGCUAUGGCCGUGCCCUUUUCUUUCACAGUUUCCGUGACGCGGGAGACUUGCGCCUUCCAGUCUAGUGAGAAGGUCUUCCAGCGUUGUGGUCAGGGCCGCCAAGUCGUCAGCGUACGCGGCGGCGCUGCAAUGGUACCGUGCAUUGUCCUCCGGGCUGAGGCAUCCGUAGCGGUAGCCCCGCCCACCUGCGUGGAGCCACCGCACAAGCGGUUCCAUGAACAAGAUAAACAGUACCGGUGACAGGGUGUCACCUUGCACUGUGCCACGUUCUAUUGGGAUGGCGGAUGUGCAUCCAUGUUCAGUACGAAUGCGGGUGGUGGCGUGCGCGUAUAGGUUGCGAACUGCGCAUAUCAGGUCGUCAGGCAGGCCCAGAUCGAACAUAAUCUGGAGUAGCCUGUCCUGAUCGAUUGUGUUAAACGCAGAGCUGUAGUCAACAUACACUGCGUAUACGUCUUUCCCAUACAGGGCAGCGUCCUCCAGUACAUGCACAAGGUUCAGUAUCUGCCGUUCCGUGUUGCAGUAGGCCCGGAAGCCCUCCUGUGAUUCGCUGAACAGCUGGAGUGGGCCUGCCAGUUCACCGAUGCCCAGGGCCUGGUGGCGAGCGUGUGCUGGAGGGCAGCGGCAGCAGCUUCACGCUGCGCUUUGGCUCGGUCCGCCACCAACUGGCGGUGUUGGGCUUGGCAGUCCUUUAUCUGACCUCGUAUGGCGGCAGCCUCUCCUUCCGUUGUUGUGUCUGGCGCUGCACCGCCGGCUGUCAGGUCUGCCGUGGCCUCGACCAUUAUGUCCUCCAAGUGGGCGGCAGCGGCGGCCAGCUGCUUCUUGGUGAUUGGAAGCGUCACGCGAGACCAGCGUGGGCUGUCUUCAGAUGUUGUUGCUGGUGGCGCUGCGGGCUGCGGUGCUUCCCAUAGGUGCAGCGCGUCAGCAGGCAGUUUUACGUGUACAGGUUUAUGGUCAAAGUUACCCGCGACUGUACUUACGUGCUCGUGUGGGCUGGGGCACGCGGUGAGCGUUGUCGUGCACAUGAGUAUGUCAUCUAUGCGGCUGCGGUGCGUUGUGACACCAUGUUGUGUUUGUUCAUAGGACCAUUCGCCCUCUGUGGUCAUGGUGCCUCGUGCGGGUAAUAAGCCAGUUUGUGCCAGAAAGCGUUGGUGUAGUCGGUCAGCAGAGUCAAGCGGCCCUGUGCGAUCUGCAGCGUUAGCUACAGCAUUGAAGUCUCCCGCCACAACCAGGUGUUGUUCACAGGCGCUGGUGUGUGUCAGGGUGGUCUGGCAGUAAUGGUAGAUGGCCUUGCGGAUUGCCGUGUCUUCGGGCGCGUAUACACCCAGGACUGUAAGGGGCGUGCUGCCCCGUGUGCGGAUCUGAAUGUGCGACACAUAGCCGUGUAGGGUGACUGGAGGAGUGUGGUGGGUAACACUAUUCAGGUUACUGUACCGUGUGGACACGGCAAUGGCGACGCCGGCGCUGCCUCUUUCCGUGGUGUUACGUGGAACAGAGCUGCAGUACAGGCGGUACCCUUCAUUCAUAAAGGCUCGCUUUAGUGGGUCGUGUCGGUGGCCAAGCAGCAAGAUUGCAGAGUGUGAAGCUCAGGUUUCCCGGGGCACCUGCGGCUGUUACUUGUGAGAGUAGGCCCCGUACGUUGUGUGUGACAAGAUGUAGUGUGCGGGCCUGUGUUUGGUCUGGGCUAGGUUGUGCGGUAGUUGUGUCUUGCCGUGCUGUUGGUGCGGUUUGCUGUCGUUUGAAUAGGUCGGUGAGCGUGUUUGUGCGCCCUGUCCAGCGGGCCAGCGCUGUCCCAUUGGUGGCGGUGGCGGCGGCCAGGGUACGUAUGGUUCGUAUUUGGGCGGUUAUGUUUGGGGCGAGGCGUUGGGCAGCAUUUGUUGUGUUGUUUGGGCUUGUAGCAGUGUUCCUUUGUUCAGGUUGAGUGAUGUCUAUUUCAAUGGGGGCAUUUGUGCGGUCUGUUGGUGCUGCUGUGGGCAGUGGCCUUGCUUCUUGUGGAAAGAUGUUGUAGCAAGGGCCGAGUGUAUUGCGCACGGCCUCCAUGUCUACAGUGGAGACGGUGCCGAGGUAGUAAAUAUGGCCUUCCAUAGCACUCCAUCCAUCGUCUUCAAGGAGAGUGUUGUGGAGUGGUGUAUUUUCUGAAUCGACUAUGCGCCAUUGGCCUGCCUCAAGGCGGACUGCAUAGACAUGGGGCCGGCUAUUCAUGAGGACAUUGAAGCCAAGGCGGCGCGCCUCACGUGGUAAUGCGGCGAGUACGGAGUCUUUGGAAUGAGGGGGAUCCCCUGGUGUGUCAAAAUGUGACACGGCGCAGCGCAUGACUAAACGCUUGUUGGGAAAAUCCGAGUUGCUGUGUCUGGCGGUAGCUUGUGUUUGAGAGCCCGGGGGGGUAGUGUAGUGGCUGUGGACGGGUCGGAUUGGCGGAUUGGGCUGUUGUUUGGCGGACAGCUGGCCGGGUCUCCCAGGCCCCCCGUAGGGGUGGUGACCUUGUGGGACCCGGAAGUGGGGUGUGUGCCAUGGUGGAGUGGGGUGCACUUGUGAGCCACAGGGCAGCCUGCCCCAUGGAGGCCGAGCCAGUGACCAUAGUCGGAACCCAUGCUUGCAGGGCGGUGACCGGCUGGUGGUCUGUGCAGAGAGAUGGGAGGUGUGUGUACAUUGCACACAAGGUGAUUAGCAUGGCUACUGUGCCUAUGACGGCAUUUCUGUAUGGCCAUAUGGCUGGUGCAUGCCGGCGGGCCAGGUGUGCGCUGUACAGGAGCAUUGCCAGGGCCAGAAUAGUGCCGUCAGUUGCAAUUGUUAGUGCGGCGAUCCCGAGUGGGAUGGCGGCUGCACUGUAGAAAAGCAUAAGGAAGCAGAAUGGAGUCAUAGCGAGGCUGAUGCAGAGCGGUCCAAUAAGUAGAGUGGUCAGCGCAGCCCCAUUGGCAUACAGCUCUGUUGCCGCUGUCGUCGUGUGUGUUUUCCUGCCAGCAGCACGUAGGUGUUUCAAGAGCAGGAAGGCAAGCAUGACAGUAGCUAGUGCCGUUGUGCCAAUUAUGAGAGCAUUCAGUGUAAGUCGUGUGCACGUCGCUGCCCAUACUAGGAAUUGCUUUAGGGGGGUGGAGAGUCGGCUGCAUGUGCCUAGGAAUAGCUUCAGCGUCACUGGUGGUGCCGGCUAGUCGUGUCACACUGUGAAGGCCCUCGUGGGCCACUUGCAGUGUACUCUCGACGUGGCGGGCAAUGGCGAGCCGUUGGAGUCUAGGCAGCCUCUGACUGCCGAUGGCAGUUAAAGCUAUACGACUGUAUUGUUUUCCAAGGGUAUGUGUGCUUGUUUUUAAGUCCUGUCGGUGCAGAGUGGAGGUGUUUUCUGGAUCUUUGUUGUGGGUCCCCCUUUCCUCAGUGGUAUUAUUAGCACGUUGUGUUAAGUAUUGAGAGCAUGAAUGGCUAAUUUGGGGUUGAAACUUCUUGUCCAACUUGGGCGAGGGAACUUGGGAAAUUUUCUUGUGUUGGAGCCCUUGUUUCUCAAGUUCACUGCUGCGUUCUUGGUGUAUUUGAUCAUCCGGAGUCGUCUGUGAGGCUGUGCCCGGGCAGGCUCCCAGGUCGAGUCCAUUGUUUGCCCCGGAAUGCCGCUCCCUGCCCUGCUUGGCGAGAAUGUCGCAAUUGCCUAGUAAUAUCAGCACCAGCAUCAGCCAGCCCCUGAUUCCUUUGGUCCAGCGUCCCGCCUUCGCUGGCAUGUGUCGCGAUCCCUGCUUCUUGCCCUCCACGAUAGCACCGUUUGUGAUAGUCUGAGUGUCAGCCGCCGAGCAAGGUGCCGUUCUGGUGGGUACACAAUUGCCGUCACGGUGCAGCCACGAGGGACUGACGGAUCGGCAAAAGGCUUUGCACACAGUGGUCCCCUUGCUCGUUUGGGCUUUAAAUAGAACGUCCAUAUUCUGCUGCGGCAUGCACAGCUCCUAUGUUCGCCUAUUUCACUUGUUCAGAAAUUCAAACCGAGCUCGUUGGUGUAUGUUGGGCGUAGUGUAGCAGUAUGUAUCUAAAUGUCUUUUA